AUGGUGCGAUUUCACCAGGCCAUUGCUGGCCUUUUGCUCUGUGUUGCUAGCAUAGCUAGUGCUGUAGAGCCGUGUGGCCAGGUUGCUGAGUACCAACAGGAACAGAAGAAGGAGGCCCCAGAUGUUUCCGAAUUCAAAAUCCCGGCACACCUCGCUCAUGCAUGUCUCCUAUCUGUCCCUUUCAACCUAAACAGCACUCUACGCCUGCUUGACGGGCUGAGCUACUUCUGGGAUUCCCAGUCGACCAAGGGCUGGUUGCCUAACCCACCAAAGGGGUAUGAUCUACCUCCCACAGAUCUCGACGCAGGUCUGGAUAAGAUUCGCCAGAAGGCCCUCAGCGGUGGCUACACGGGCGAGUACAUGUUUCAGUUAGAUUUGCACGCCCUCGUUGCAUCUGUCCACGACGACCACUUCUACUUGAACACGGACCUUAUUUCUAUCUUCUCCUUCAUUCGCUACGAUGUCGGCUCUUUGGUCUCUCUUUCAUUGAAAGGAACGGAUUUCCCAAGGCUUUAUGUACUCGGUAGGUCGCACUAG